AUGGUUUAUGUUUACCAUACACAAUUGGAAGGGUCCGAAGAUCGUUAUUGGAUAGUGACAGGUAAGGAUAAGUUUGAGAAUGAUCUUCUUAUCAAGUACGGCUAUAGAGAUUUGAAUUACAUUUGGUUCCACGCUGACAAAUAUUCCAGCGGGCACAUUUAUCUUAAACUACUACCAAAUCAAAAGAGCAUAGACGAUGUGCCAAGAGAGAUAGUUGCGGAUUGUUUGCAAUUAUGUAAGUCUGAAUCGAUACAUGGCAAUAAGUUGCCGCAAUGCACCAUCAUUUGCACGCCCUGGCAUAACUUAAAGAAGUCAGGAUAUAUGAAACCAGGUGAGGUCUCUUUUAAGACUAUCAAAAGUGUAAGGAAACUAGAGUGUUAUGCCCGUGAUAACAAGGUAGUAAACAGAUUAAAGAAAACACGGAUUGAGAUUGCUGAGGAUGUUGAGAAGCUUCUACAUGACGCUAAGCAAACUAAGAACAGUGAUUUCUUAGUUAACUACGUCCAGUCAAAUAGGGAAAGGCUGAUAAACGAAGAAAUACAACGUUUACAACAGAGGAAAAACAAGAAGAAGCGAGCAUAUGAUAAUGAUUAUGGUGGUGAUCCAGUACUUGAUUCUUGA